AUGACCCAGACCCUCCCCAUUGGAACUCUCCUGCUCCUACUCUUUGCUCUGAUCCCUUCAUCUCAUGGAGCUCAAAUACCAAGUCCAGACCAACCCAAGGAGAUCCCAGUAGCUACAAAUGGACAGCUGUUUCCCUGGGACCGCAUGAGACUCCCCAAAACCAUCUCCCCACUCCACUAUGACCUGAGCCUCCACCCCAACCUCACCACCCUGGACUUCACCGGUGUCGUUCGCAUAGACCUGGACGUGCACGAAGACACCAGCGUUGUGGUUCUCCACGCAAAGAAAAUGCACAUAUCAAGCGCGCUGUUGCUCGCGCCAGCGGGCACGAGGGUCCUCCAGGUUCUGGAGUAUCCUCGCUUUCAUCAGCUCGCCUUGAUGUCUGACGUGGUGCUGACCAAAGGCAGGAAGUAUGAGGUCCAGCUGGAGUUUGCUGCAAACCUGUCUGACAGCUACCAUGGGUUCUACAAGAGCAGCUACCGCACCAGCACCGGGGAGGUCCGGGUCAUGGCAUCAACACAGUUUGAGGCGACCUUUGCUCGUGGGGCCUUUCCCUGUUUUGAUGAGCCCGCCUUCAAAGCCAACUUCACCAUCCGGAUUAUUAGAGAGCCACGCCACAUUGCCAUUUCCAACAUGCCUAAGAUCUGCAGCUCAGAUGAUUUGGACGAAGGGAUGUGGACUGAUCGGCAGAAGUGGUACUCGGGUGAUGAGCUGGAUGUCAGGGCCAUCAUGGACACCUGGACGCUGCAGGAGGGCUUCCCGCUGGUCACCGUGGAGGUCAAAGGGCGGGAGGUCAGGCUGAGUCAGGAGCGGUUCCUUAGGACGGACAACCCCUCCCUCACUGAAGGGUUCUUGUGGCAGAUCCCGUUGACGUAUAUGACCAGCGCCUCCCGCUCCGUCCACCGUUUCCUUCUGAAAACAAAAUCUGACGUCCUGUACCUGCCAGAGGAGGUGGACUGGGUGAAGUUCAACGUCAACAUGAGCGGCUACUACAUGGUCCACUAUGGCGGUGGGGGCUGGAACUCCAUCAUCUCCCUGCUGCAUCACAACCACACAGCCCUGAGUGGCAACGACCGGGCCAGCCUGAUCCACAACGUCUUCCAGCUGGUCAGUGUAGAGAAGGUGAGGCUGGACACGGCCCUGGAGCUGUCCCUUUACCUGUCCAGAGAGACGGAGAUCAUGGCGGUCUGGCAGGGCUUUGGGGAACUUGUACCUCUCUACAAACUGAUGGAGAAGCGAGACAUGCCUGAGCUGGAGAACCAGAUGAAGAGCUUCAUCGUGGAUCUGUUUCGGGGGCUGAUCGAUCAGCAGGAGUGGAACGACUCUGGCUCGGUGUCCCAGCGAGUGUUGAGGAGUUACCUGCUGCUUUUCGCCUGCGUCAGGAAUUACAGUCCCUGUGUGACCAAAGCCACGCGGCUUUUUAACCAGUGGAGGGAUUCUGAUGGCACCAUGAGCCUCCCUGUGGACAUCACCAUGGCCGUGUUUAUGGUUGGAGCUCGCACACGGGAGGGGUGGGACUUCCUGUAUGAGAAGUACCGCACGUCUCUGCAGAUGUCGGUGAAGAGACGCUUAAAGUGGGCCAUGGCGGUCACAACGAUGACGGACAAGCUUCAGUGGAUGAUGGAGCAGAGCCUCAACGGGGAGGUGAUGAAGACCCAGGACCUCCCAGAUGUGAUCGUCUCUGUCGCCAGGAAUCCUCAUGGCUUUAAACUGGCGUGGGACUUCCUCAGAACCCACUGGCACACGCUGAUUCAGAAGUUUGACCUGGGAUCCAGCACUAUAUCCCACUUGGUAGCCGGAGUAACCAACCAGUACUCCACCAGAGAGAUGCUUCACGAGAUACGAAGCUUCUUCGACUCCCUGACAGAAGAGGCGGGUUCUCAGAUGAGGUGCAUCCAGCAGAGCUACGAGACCAUCGAGGACAACAUCCGCUGGAUGGACAGGAACCUUCCUCUGCUGCAGGCCUGGCUGAACAAACAUGGCAGCAGAAACCACCAUCAGGAGUUAUGAGGGGGGGUUAAGGGGUCACAGAAGCCAAAACAGAAGCAGGUCGAUGAUGGAAUUUCUAUAUUUUUACUUGAUGAAAAAGGUUUUACCUGAUGUAUUUUUUUUGAACGGGAACUAAAGUAUGAAAAUUAAUUUAUGCCAAUGGAAAGGUUUAGGGGUUUUGACAAAUUUAAAAAGGAAUUAUUGCAUAAUUUAAAUACAUUUUAAGUGCAUACGAUUGUAGCUUAAUUGGAUUAAAGAUUUUAAUUUUUUGUGAUGUAUUUUAGGCACAAAUUUGGGACCUGGACACUUUUUCUAAGAUUGAUCCUGAUGUGUUUCUGUGGGUUUGUGUUAACGGUAGUUUUUGCUGUGGGGGGGUUAUGUUCAACAGCACUGACGUCUGAAUUUCUGUGAUUUUUGUUUUUAUUGCACUAUUUUUUUAAUGCUACAAAAAUUGUAAAUAAAAAAAAAGACUUUA